AUGGCUCAACAAUACCCUCCCAUGCACCCGCCGCCUCAGCCGCCCCAGCGGCCCUACUCGCCCUACCCGCCGACCGCGAGCUCGCCCGUUCAAAUGUCUCCCGGCGGCAUGGGCGUGCCACCCGCAAACAAGCGUCCGAGACUGUCCCCGAACCCUGGCUCUCCGUACACGCCCUACCACAACUCGCCCUACUCUUCCAUGCCGAAUACUCCUGCCCCGCAGCACACGCCACUUCCCUUCAAUCAACCACAGCCUCCGGAGCCGAGCAGUUUUGAUGCGUCGCGUGGAGCACCCGGCUCGAUGGGCCCGCCCCAGCGUCCGGCAGAUAAGCAGGAGAAACCGGAGAAAGAGAAGGCAACCGACAUCAAUGACCUGAGUGAUGUCAUUGGCGCCUCGGGCAUUGACUUGCGUGAGGAAGAGAACUAUUUGGCUCAGACAUACCAGAACCAGCACCAGGCUAGCUCUUUCAAUACGUCAUUCUCGCAGUCGCCCGCUACACAAUCGCCAAACAACAGCUUCAAUGCUCUUUCGCAAGGCAGCUUUGGCAAUUACCCUGCAUUCCAAGGCACCGGUCCGGUCAACCAACCCGCCGUCUCCCAGAAGACUAUCGAGGAAGAACUGUUCGAGAAGCACAAGGCAGCCGCGCGAUCGCUGGCUGAAAAGUCCCAGCAGGAGCUCAACGAUCCCUUCUGCCGUGGUAACAACAUCAGGCAGAAGAUCGGUCGCCACACUUACGACCAAGGAGUGAAGUUCAACGUGGACGGCUUAUACGACAGAAUCAGCAAGGAUCAGCCGCAGAGAGUGAAUGGCACACAGGCUACUGGGCCCGAUGGCACUGGCAUGGUGAAAGCGCAGGCUGCUGCGCUCCUUGAUACAAAUGCACCCCUGGCAGAGAUACUGACUCUCCUUUCUUUGGCUACUAAGGAGAGAUUACGCGGUAUUCUCGAAGACGCGUAUGCGCUUUCAAGGUCACGCCAACUUGGUUCUCACGGCGUUGUUCCCCCAGAAUUUGCAGACAUUGCAACUGGUAAUGGAACGCCGAAACCUACCACAGCUGUGCCGACCUCUGUUACCAAGACAGCAUGGGAUCAGCCGGACAGUGCCAUCAGCCCCACAACAGUACCGUCAAAACGCCCUCUCGAUUCCGAUUCGUCCAAGAACGACCCCUCGCGUCUCCCUACCCCACCUACUGACACUCCUCCGACCCCGCAACCGACCGUAUCAUUCUCAUCCGAUCUGUCCUCCACACUGCGGAAACUCCAAUCAGAAGAGCGCAAAUACGAGCAGGAGCGCGUCAAAAAGCGGCAAAAGCGCGCGGCAGCAAAGGGCUCAGACAAUGGCAGCGCACCCGGCACCCCGGGCGACAAGACGUCUCCAGCAGACCUAGUACCCUUGAAGAUGACAAAGAAAGAGCGGGAACGCCUCGCCAAGGCCGGCCAGACGGACGAGGUGCUGCACAAGGCGGCCAACACGACGGCGAACAUGGCCAUCGGCGGCUUCGGCAAGAAGUACAGCUGGCUCAGCGGCGGCUCCGGCUCGGGUGCCAGCACGCCGAGCAGACUGAACACGAACGUGGGAGGCGUCUCGAGCGGCGGCGGUCUCAGCGGCGGAGGAGGAGCAAGCGGUGGCGGCAGCGGCGGAGGAGGGGGUGGAAGCACGCAGGACCGCAGCUUGGCCGCGAGAGACCGCAAGUGGGGCGAUUGGCGCGAGGAUGGACCUAAGGGCAAGGGGAUUCAAAUGCGGGAUCUCAUCGCGGCGCUGGAGCAGGAUGGCAACGAGAAGAAGACGCUGGCGCGGGCGCUGGUGCGGUUGAAGUCGGACAACUGA